UACGUAUUGACGACCUUCUUUAUCAUUACCUGUCGUUUCAGCAAUUGACUCCCAGAAUGGGCUCGAUAGAAGUGCCAAAGAAACGUAUAUAUCUCAAUUUUUUUGAUUAUGCUUGCACAGGCUCGCACAUGAGCCCGGGUCAGUGGAGAGAUCCCGAUGACAAGGGUCAUACCAAAGACCGUCUGCAGUAUUGGCUGGACCUUGCGAAACUUGCAGAGCGUGGGAAAAUCAGCUUUAUCUUUUUCGCUGACAGCUAUGGAGGGCAAGACGUCUUUGGCGGAAACAACGACGCACAGCUGAGGGCCGGCAAUCAAAUUGCGUCCAUGGAUCCAGCGGUCCUGAUUCCUGCCAUGGCAUCGGUGACUAAGACGGUUGGCUUUGGAGUGUCUGCGUCCACCAGCUAUCUCAAUCCAUAUAUUUUAGCGCGAACGAUGAGUAGCUUAGACCAUCUUACUGAAGGUCGAGUCGCCUGGAACAUUGUUACUUCUUGGGCCAAAAGUGCCGCUUUGAUUCUCGGUUAUGACGAUGUUGUGCCUCAUGAUGAGCGUUACAACAUGGCUGACGAGUACAUGGACAUUUGCUACAAGCUGUGGGAGAGCAGCUGGGCGGAUGACGCGGUUGUGUGGGACCGUGAGAGACGGACGGCCUUUGAGCCAACGAAAAUAAGGAAAUUGAACCACAAAGGCAAGUAUUACAAGAUGAGCGGUCGCAAUCAGACACAUCCGUCGCCCCAGCGCACACCUGUGUUGUUUCAAGCAGGUACGUCGAAGUCUGGCCGAGCCUUUGCAUCGAAACAUGCCGAGGCCAUAUAUAUUGGCGGUCUGUUCCCUUCGCAGUCAGCAGGCUCUGUAAAGCAGAUUCGCGCAGACGCCGCUGCGCGGGGCCGUGAUCCCAAAUCUAUCAAGUUCUUUGUCGGAAUAUCGCCAAUAAUUGGCCGAACAAUGGAAGAAGCCCAAGCAAAAUAUGAACGUGCUAAAGAAAAUGCCGAUGCUAUCGGCGGUCUUGCCCAGUUCGCAGGGUACACGGGGAUUGACCUUAGCAAGCAUGCUCUGGAUGAGCCCCUGGAACUAAAAGGUGUGCCUGGCGAAGAUGCAGUGCAUUCUUUCUUAACGAACUUUAACCACGCUGCGGGGCUAUCGCCUGACAGUCCGUGGACGCCAAGGCGUCUAGGAGAAACCAUGUCCCUUGGUGGAUUCCAUCCAGCACCAGUAGGGACGCCCGAGAUGGUUGCAGAUGUCUUUGAGGAAUGGAUUAACGAAGCUGACGUAGAUGGAUUCAACAUCUCCUACACUACCAGUCCGCAAAGUUUCGAGGACGUCGUUGAUCUUCUUCGGCCUGAACUAGUAAAGCGAGGGCUGAUGUGGGAAGAUUAUGAUGUACCAGGCGGUACGUUGAGAGAAAAUUUGACUGGUAUCAAAGGACAAAAAGGUAUCAGCAAGGAUCAUUACGGCUACAAAUUCAAGUAUCCUAGUGAGUUUGCUGGUGACAGUAUGGCUAAGCAGGCAGGGGAUACAAAGGAAGAAAGCAAAGAAAAGGUUGACGUCAGUCCGAAAGACGGCGCAAAAUCAGACUCAAAGUCAGAAACCAAGCAAGAAGCAAAAGCUUGAAUACAAAUGUAGCUCUUGCAAAGAAGAAACAUCUAUGCGUUUCCUAAAUCCAUGACCUGGUGGCAUAAUGAUUGUUCUUCAGUACUAAUUCUCGUGUCGAAACUGGAUACACGACAAAAAUUUCACAGAUGAAGCAUGUUUACUCGAUAUAAAUACAGAGGAAGCAAGAAACUUUCAAAGAUUUCUCGAUUUCAUAAAAAGUGCGGCGCGUAAACAUAAGCACACAAGAGUCAGA